AACAGGAGAUUAAGGAAUCGAGUCCAUUCAACAAUAACAUUUAUGCCCAUGAUAUAUUUGAAUACAGAGACAAUACCAAUAUUUUCAUUAACUUUGAAAAGUGCCAACAUGUGCCGGCAUGUGAUUUUAUCUACCUUAAUUUAAUCCUAACAGACGUUUUUCGUUUCCAUAAAAAAAAAAGACACAUCAUGAAGGACUAUGUGACGGCCGAGUGAUGAGGACUACAUCACCCAGCAGGGGGUGCACUCGAUGAAAUUUAUGAAUUGGAAGUGCUCUGUGUGUGUGUGGAGGGGCGGGGCAUCCUACGCUGUCCAAUCACAUCUUCCUAUCGUUUAACGCAAACCGGGCAGCUUCGAGUAGAGCGCGUUCCCUCCAUCCAUCCGUCCAUCCAUCCCUCCAUCGUACGGUCGACCGCUCGAAACACAAGCGAGCGAACGACGUCGAGACACGCCACGCUUACAAGGACGACCGAUUUCAAAACGAGGGCAAGAGAAUCAAACAAAGUGACAACAUGUUUGCGUGCACAGAGAUGAUCACCAUGUGUCUCCAGUCAGCGAAACACGAGCACAAGAGGAAGCAGGAGCAGGAGAAAAUCCAAAACCAAGGCAUUGCUAUUUUCCAAGAUAUCUUCCGCCGUGCAGACAAAAAUGACGACGGGAAGCUGUCCUUGGAGGAGUUCCAGUCCUACUUCGGGGACGCCAUCCUCACACAGCAGCAGAUGCAGGAGCUCUACCACGCCAUCGACAGACAGCAGACGGACAACCUUGACACAGAUAAACUUUCAGAGUACUUCACCCCCCACCUGGGAGAGUAUGUCAACGUGCUAUCAGCCCUGGAGAAGCUCAACGUGGCCAUCUUGAAGGCCAUGGACAAGACCAAAGAGGAGUACCAGGGCUCCUCGGUGGUGGGUCAGUUCGUGACGCGGUUCCUCCUGCGGGAGACCUCCACCCAGCUGCAGUCGCUGCAGUCCUCCCUGGACUGCGCGGUGGGGGCGGUGGACGAGGAGAGCUGCCCCGUGCGGACCUCCCCCGCCAAGCCCCAGGCGCUGCCCCUGCAGCGCGCCUUGAAGAGGCCGGGCCGCCGCCUGCAGAAGAACAUGUGCCUGUCCCCCACGGACCCCUACUCCGGCAUGCUCACUACAGGGGUCAGCGUGGAGCCUGACAACCACUGGAGCUCCCAGAUCAACCAGCUGGAGGACCUCAUAGACAAACUGGAGUGUGAGAGUCCCCAUCUGGAGCCUCUCAAAGAGGACACAUUAGCCGGCACCUACAAAUCGAACAUUCUCCUGGUCCAGAGGCAGAUGUCUGUGAAGGAGAGGGACGUGGAGGAGUUCCAGCAGACCCUGAAGAUCUACACGGACGCCACCAGCGCCCAGCCUGACAACCUGCACAUGUCGGUCCAGAAUCUACCAGACAGAUCCUGCUUCAUCAUGUAUGAAUUUUGGCAAGACCGUCUCUCUUGGAUGAGCUACCUGCAGUCGUCCAUCAGUAAGACCUUCCAGCGCUGUAUCAUCGACUCCCUGGAGCAGCCCGAGAUGGUGUCCACCAUGCUUCUCCCAGCUUCUUGGUGGAUUAUGAACAACAACUAACGGGGGGCGGCCAUCUUGCUACUUAUGACAACAAGAGGACGAAGAUGCGAUGGUGUUCUGAUUUACUGUAUCAAUUACUCUCGUUUUUAUUUAUUUAUAGUUUUCAAUAAGACAUGAACAUAGCUAUUUCUAACACACAGCGUGGUGGCUAGGGUGUUUGUCAUAACCCCCCAAGCCCUCAGUGUACCCGUAGGCCUGCUAGAGCAAGGCACUAUGAUCGUUUUAGAUAAGAGUGUUUGAUCAAAUAUUAACAUGACGCUAUGUUCCAAAAAGUAAAAAAAGGGACAUCUUUGGAUGGAUUUGUGAGAAACAAAAUUAGGAGGAGAAAAAAAAUGCAAUAAGAGUUGUGUUUUGUUGAGUCUCUGUGCCACCGAUAGGUCCAGCUCUGGCACAUGUUUCUCGCUUGUGAUUCAUGACUUGAUGUGUACAAAAAUGAUGUGUGCAAGACAAAAAUAGAUGUGCAUGUUUUCUUACCAUUUCCCAAUGCUUGUUUAUUUAUGUUUCAAAACCUACAUCAUAAUAAACAUUAGGCAAAGCCAUCCGAUUCCAGUGAAAUGAAAAUACACUGUACCGAUGAGAUGUACUUUAUCAAUCCCAGAAGGAGGGAAAUUGAUGGUACAAAUCAAAGCAGAUAUCGAAGCCGGCACGUGGAUGUCCCCCGUUCUUCCUGUGGUGUUGUGCAAACGUUGUCGGUAGUUUUAAGCCAUGCUUCCAGGCGUCCGGGUCUAACAUAGAGUGUAGUUAAGGGAGUGGCCGAGGCCCGUUACCUAACCUAUUCAACUAUCUGUGUGUCACUACUGCACUUUAAUGUUGCAACCGAGAACCUGCUAGCUGUAGUCCAGACUGAGUACUUCCUGUCGGCUCGUUUUUUGAUGAUGUAGGAAAGGAUUUUAGGUUCAUGUUCUGUACAUUAUACCAGUUUUAAAAUGUUUAAGCCAUGUUACCUUGAAAGUGAAGAUUUGAUUAAAAACUCAGAUUUGCCAGAGAAUAGAAAAGUAAAUGCAAGAUUUAUUUAUUGUACUUAUAUUCUUUUCUGUACAGAGAUAUUUAAUAAAAAGUGAUUAAGUCUAUUAGGGACGUGUACAUUUUUAUUAUUAAAGUUGUUUCAGAGCGUUAGUAAGUCUGUGAAGUUAUAUUGAGCUUUGUGGAAUUGUGACGAGGAUUAAGCAUCCAACCCCUCUCUUCAAAGGGGGUAUUCAUUUAUUUUAUUUUACACUCAAUAUUACAAUUGUGAUGUGAUUGCAGUUUUAUUUUUCUGCAUGAAAUAAAGUUCAUGACACAACA